AUAAUAAUAUAGAAUUUUGUUUAAUAUCUUUUUGAGUCUUGCCGCACACAUGUCAAGUUUCAUAUGAAAAAGGUCAUUUGUUAACCAGAGAAUAAAAUAAACAUGGAGAUUAAACUUACCCUUGCCGUUGUUUUCCUGUGUAUUUCAAUGAUUUCUGCAACUGCUGUGUCUAAUAUAAGCUCAGAAGUAAAUCUUCAAUCAGUUUGGAAUCAUAUUGACAACAUCGAUUCUCAGAUUUCAAACCUUCAGGACUUUGACAAAUAUAUUGGAUCAAAACUAGCAAUGAAUAAAAAUGGAAUAAACAUUCUAAAUAAUGCUCUGCAGCACUUCCAAGAAACAUCAAACAAAUGUAUAGAAAAAACUGAUAGCUUAACACAGAAGUAUGAAAUCUUAUUGAAAAAAUAUGAGGCAUUGGCAGCUAAGACAUUGACAGCCAAGAUCAGCAAACCAAAACAUUGUCAAUCUGGUUGGUUCCCUUAUAUGAACUCCUGUUACAUAUUGAUGAAAGAAGAAGUCGAUUGGUUCCAAGCUCGAAAGUGGUGUAGAAAUAACCAAGCAAAACUUGUGGAAUACAGGGACAUGGAUGAAUUGAACUUUGUUUUAUCAAAAGCUAAAUCCUAUCGUAAUUGGGAUACAGAUAGAUGGGCUGGAUUCUGGGUAGGAGCUGAUGAUCUACAAAGUGAGGGAGUUUUCAAAUGGAGUUCAAGUCACACCCAAGUACACUUUAACUACUGGUUACCAACACAACCAGACAGACUUGCUUGGGAGGAAGACUGCAUGCAGACACUGGUCAAUAAAAAGGGCGAAUGGAAUGAUCUCCCUUGUGAAAUGAAACUACCAUUUAUAUGUGAAAAGUACAUGUAGAGAUGUACACCAAUACUUGAACAUUCAUAUAUAUAAAAGUAUAAAGUAUCUUAAUGAAACAUUUGAAUCUUUGUGUGUGAAAAGUAUGAAUGUUAAUAACAGUUCAACAUUUACAUCUGAAACAAGUAUUUGAAAGAAACUCAGGAACAGUAAAUCUCUGUAAACCGUUGUAAGUUUUCAAGUUAACACUCUGAAACAUGUAACUUAAAAUCAUAUUCAUGUAUAUGUAACCCGUGUAUCGUUUUCUGUGUAUCACUAGUAUAUUGUAUCAUCCGUGUUAUGUUGAAUUUGGUUGGUAUUUGCCUAACUCUUGUGUUGUCGUUUAUUUGCCUAACUGUGGUAAUAUUAUUGUAUAGUCUGUUUUGUAAGAGAGGUCACUGUAAGCUGAAAGGUUGUAUGAAUGUACACUAAUUUUUCACAUGCAUGACCAUAAAAACCCUGCGAAACAUCUUCUUGCUUAAGUAAAAUAUUUCCCUAACUGAUAACAUACAUUACAGUAUAGUUGUAAUAUUAGUUGUUACUUAAUAGUAAACUUGAAAUCGUUUAUUGAAAGUUCUUGUAUGCUGAAACUGGUAAAAAUUUAUAGAUUUGUAAUGUCAUAUGCUUUUCCAUUGAUGAAUUGGAUGAAAUGUGUAAUUUUUAUUAUUUUGUUAAUCAAUUAUUUGUAAUUGUAUUUUAAAUACCGUAAAACUAUACAAAUUUUAAUAUAUAGCUUUUGCAAUAGAAAAAAAUAACAUUCACUGAUACAAAUCUACAAACUUCUUUCAUAUCUAUACAUACAAUAAAUAUUUUGCAAUUUC